AGCACCAAUAAAAAGUAUUAAACUAAAUAGUUUUUUUUACAAUGCGCAGCUGGGUGCAGUUGUUUAUUAAAAAGUGAAAAUUUUACAAUUGAAAACGGUUUUGAUUAUUAUAAUUGCAUAGGCUUGAAUGAAUCUGGUUGUGUUACAUAUUUUAGUGUCAGUUAACGUAUAUCAAAGGAAAAUACAGGAAUCAUGUGUUUGGCCCCAAGGAAUGUACGUAGAACCGUUUGGCAUUACUCGAAUGUAGGCGAUAAAAUUCCAGCCAGAAUAGUCUUAUAUUUUCUUUCCUGGUCUGGUUUUCUCGUGUCAUUCAUGAUGCGUAAUGAUAUGAAUUUUGCUCUGGUUGCCAUGAUAUCAGAUGACAAUGGAACACAGAACGAAAAGGGAAAUGACUUUUAUGCAUUGAAUAUGGGUAGUGGCGCUGAAGAUCAUACGUCAAUAAUCAAGUCUGUGAUUAUAAGCUCGUUUUAUUGGUGCUAUGUGCUGUCUCAAGUCGUUGGCGGCGUCGCAACGCAAGCUUUUGGAACUAAGUGUGUAUUUGGAUGGUCACAGUUGGCAACAGCUUUAUGCAGUUUACUUAUGCCAUUAGCUGCAGAAUUUCAUUACGCUGUUGUAAUAUUCUUACGCUCAAUUCAGGGAUUUGCAUCUGGCCUCACUUGGCCUGCCAUGUACGCAAUGGUGGGGUACUGGAUUCCUAUGACAGAGCGUUCACGUUUUAUGUCAAGCUUUCAAGGAUUUAGUAUUGGUAUUGGUCUAACUUACCCACUCUGUGGAUUUAUUAUAACAACGUUCGGUUGGCCACUUGUCUUUUAUACGACUGGUCUAUUGGGAAUCGGCUGGUGUUCUCUAUGGUACAUUUUAGCGUUUGACACACCACAAGAACAUCCCCGUAUAAACGCCGAGGAGCUGCAUUAUAUAGAGCGCAAUAUUGGGGAAGAUGUACGAAAAUCAUAUUCAAUAAAAGUUCCUUGGGGACAUAUAUUUAGAUCGUUGCCAGUUUGGGCGAUUGCAGUUACAACAUUCGGUCGAAUUUUCGUACAUUAUAUUUUUAUAGUUAAUGGGCCUGCUUUUAUGAAUCAUAUUCUUAAGUUCGAAUUUGGAGCCAAUGGAAUUUUGUCAGGAAUGCCAUUUCUUUGCUCAUACAUAUCGUCCGUAUUUUUCUGUUAUAUUGCAGAUAAACUAUUAUUAAAUAAUAUGAUGAGUCUUACUAAGGUAAGGAAAUUGUUCACAGGCUUAUCGCAAGUUAUCCCUGGAUUACUGAUAUGUUGUUUAGGGUAUAUAGAUAAUAUAACGUUUCUUUUGACAAUCUGGUUUAUAUCUGUUAUUUUUAUUACGGCAUCGUACGCUGGAGCAAUGGCUAAUAUUAUAGAUAUCUCACCAAACUAUGGGCACUCAGGAGCAGUAUUAGCAUUCUGUCAAACAAUUCACAUGUCCGCGUCAUUUCUAUCACCAUUGACUGUUGGAUUCUUAGUAGCUCAAGAGGAUUCCAUAGAUCAAUGGAGAAAAGUUUUUGAAGUGUCGGGAAUUAUUUCUGUACUGACAUAUAUAUUUUACCAGUGCUUUGGUACUGCAGAAAUACAAUCAUGGAAUACGCAACGACGAGUUAGCAAUCCGCGGCAUGAGAUGAUUAAAAUAUUGUCAAAAAAAAUGGAGAAAACACACUUUCCUAAAAUUUAAUAACUCAUUUUUCUUUGUACAAAUUACAAUUAAAUGUUUGUCGUGCAUGUAUAAAAAUAGGUUUAGUUAAUAUUGAAUACAUUGUGUUUUAAUAAAAAUUGUAUUAGAUAUAAAGCUUAUAAAUGAUUUAUAGUUGACCUGUAA